GCUACCUUUCUGGCUGUUGGUUUCCUAACGGGCAGGUUACGCUGACGAUUUUUACUAAAAAGUUCUAAUUUUUAUUUUUUUUAUUUAGUAUUAAGACAGUUUAUCAUUUUAUCUUUAAUCCGUUAUUGUUGAUGUUUCUUUAUUUUCGAUUGUAAGUUAUUGACUCCGUUUUCGGAGUGCUAGAAUGGCCGGAAUCUGUAACAGGGUCCUGGGCCUGUCGGCGAGGUCGGCUUUCCUACCCGGCAUAAACACUUCGUGCGACCAGUUAAUUUUCCAAAUGUCUAACAUGCAAAUCCGUGCGAAGAGGACCCAAAACCGGCCCAAGCUCAAGUACCCUUUUUGGUACUUAAAGAAGGAAAGAACGCUGUACAAUGAACACUUGACGGAAAGUAAUAUAAAGUUUAUUGAGGAAAUGACGCAUAACAAAUUCGGACCUCCGGCGAUAAUUAGUGGUCUUCCGACGUACCAGAUUUCAAGUCCUUUGAAAGAAAAACCCAUGGAAUAUGGGGAGUGGAACCCGAAAACAAAGAGAUGCGGAUUGAUAACAAGAAAAAUUGGUUGUUAUCCAAUGUGGAAGAAAAAUGGUGACAUUAUCUGGUCAACAUUACUUCAGGUUGUGGAUAAUCACGUAGUAAAAUACACGCCCCCAGAGGAGGUUUCAGAUUUUCAAAAGCCGGAAAGAUUUUUGAGACCAAACAAAUAUGGAAUUUUACUUGUCGGUGCUGAGAGUUCAGAUCCACAGAAGUACACUCGUGAGUACUGUGGGCUCUUUGCGAAUGCGGGUCUACCUCCGAAAAAAGUUUUAGGCCGAUUCAACAUCUCUCCUGAAGCUGCACUUCAGCCAGGCACACCGUUAUACGCCAUGCAUUUUCAGCCCGGUGACGUUGUUGAUGUAGUAGGCACUACGAUCAGCCGAGGCUUUCAGGGCGUGAUGAAGAGAUGGGGGUUCAAAGGCAUGCCUGCAUCCCACGGUGUGACAAAAACUCACAGAAAAGCUGGAAAUAUAGGAGGUGGAGGUGAAAAAGGGAGGGUCUGGCCUGGAACGAAAUUACCUGGACAUAUGGGAAAUAGAAAAAGAUACCUACGUGGGCUUAAAAUUUGGAGAAUAAACACAAAAUUUAAUAUUCUCUAUGUACAAGGAUUGGGGGUACCUGGUGAAACCAACUCCAUAGUUUAUGUCCAUGAUACAGUCUUACCUUUGAAGAAGAAAAAGACAGCGCCCCUUUCAUUUCCAACAUACUUUGACGAGGGGAAGGAGUUAGCGGAUGACCUCUAUGACAAUGAUGUCCAUUGUUUCAAUGAACCUACACUGAUGUUUGAAGAAGGCAAAUAGACGCUUUUGCUCAGUCUUUAGUUUUGCAUUUUUAAUACCUUUUUUAACCACAUGCAAAUUUUCUAGUUGUCUCAAUAAAUUGUAAAUAGAUGUUAUCUUAAACAG